ACGCCAUUUUGAUGUGAAUGAGUUCCUGUUUCUCUAAAGUUAUAUCUAGAUCUACAUUAAAACAGGAAGAGAAAAAUUACAUUGUUGAUAUUUCUACAUGAUUAUGUAGAUUUCUAUACAUUAUGAUAAAAUCAGAGAUAAAAGUUGAUAUUUUGAUUGUAAGAAAUUUAAUUUAUAACUGCAUCAUCUAAAAGAUGCCACCCCCACCUCCACCCCCUCCCCCAGCCCCUGGUCCUCCACCUCCUCCACUAUCAGGAGGAGGAACAAAACCAUCAGGCACUCCCAAUCGUUCAGCACUUUUAGGACAAAUUCAUCAAGGAGCAAGAUUAAAGAAAACUGUAACAAAUGAUCGUAGUGCUCCAGUUUUAUCAGGUGCUAAAACUGGUGGUGGUGGUGGUGGUGGUGGUCCAGGAGGAGGUGGAGGCUCUUCUGGAGGUGCAGGUGGACCACAACUUGGAGGGCUUUUUGCUGGUGGGAUGCCCAAACUGAAGCCUUCAGGACAAGCCAAAAGUGGUCCAGGAGGUCCUGCUCUUAAACCACCUGGUUCUCUUUCAAAUGGACCAACACAUCAUGCAACCAAGAAUGACAAUGACAACCAAUUAUCUAAUGGUGGACCACCACCUCCUCCUCCUCCAAGUACAAACAAACCUAAAUUUGGAGGACCUCCUCCACCCCCUUCAAGUGCUAACAAACCCAGCAAUGGUCUGCCUAAUCCACUAGCAAACAGGAUGAAUAAUACUUUAGGAAGAGCUUCUUUGUCAAUGGAUGAAGAUGAAACAGAUUCAUCACACUCCUCAACAAGUAAAUUAGCUGCUGGAUUAGCUUCUAAGCCACAGCAGGCCAGAACUUUGCCUUCAGUGCCUAAACCCCCAGCAAGUGGGGUGACGCCACCCCCUCCUAUCCCAUCAGGAUUGCCCCCUCCACCCCCCAGCAGGCCGCCACCAUCAAAUGCUGGUCGACCUAACAGUAUGAUUGGGCGCCCAUUACCGCCUCCACCUCCACCGUCAAAUGGAGGUCAGAGCAUCUGCCCGUCUGUUGGUCCUUCCAGACCACCUCCUCCAUUGCCUAAUAACAAAAAUAAUCCACCACCGCCUCCCAAUAGAGGAGCUGCUCCACCACCACCUCCAAAUAGGACAACAUCGGCAAUGUCAGGUGGCACUAUAGGCAGAGCUGGUGGAAAGCCUCCUCCUUUAAAUAGUGGUGGAACUGUCAGAGGUGGAUUACCUCCACCACCAAUUCAGGCUCCAUCAACACCUAGAAACAGAUCCUCUGGCAAUUGGGGCUCAGGUGGAGAUGACUUCGAGGCAAGAUUUCGAUUUCACCCAUCCAAUGAGUUUCCACCCCCUGAACCUUUUAGCAAACAGCACAAAGUUUACCCCAGUAAAAAUCCUAAAAAUUCUGCUCGCAGCAGGCCACCUCCUCCAGAGCCCCCUCGCAUACAUUGAUUUGCAGUCAAACACUUUGGCAACUUUCAAGAUGAAGGGUUUUGAAAUUUCUUUUUUUUUUUUUAAGAUAACCCCUUUUUAAAAUAUAAAUAUUUAAAAAAAUUUUUUGUAGCAGAGUUAUUCAGAAAGAGCAUUUUUUGGAAUUUGUAAGCUGAAUUGUAGUUUUCUUCACUGCAUUUCUUCUCUAUUAUAUAGAGCAAAUUUAUGCAAGCAAAUUAUGUUUUGAUCUAGUUUAUUUUGAAAACAAACUGUAUUAAUAAAUAACAUUUGCAAUAAAAUGUAUAUUGCAAAUAUUUAAUAUUUUUAAACUACUGUUUAUUCUCAAAAUGCAUUGGUUAGUUAUUGAUUAAUUUUAUUUAUUUAUUUUAAUUUUUUUUGGUAAACAUCUAAACUUCACUGUUUUUUUUUGUUGUUAUAUUUUGUGUUCAUUAUAUCAGAAAGUCAAACAUGUUAUAGGAGUAAAUGGUCUACAACUGUAGCCUGUUCUUCAAUGAAUCAAGGACAUUUUUUAUUCUCAUGAACCUAUUCAUUGAGUCUUGCAUCUUUUAAACUAAGGAUUUAGAUCUCUAUGGAAAUAGUCUUAUAACAGAGUUAUCAGAUAGCUGAAAUGUCAGUAAAUAGGCAAUAAUUUGAAUGAACUUACAGCCCAUGAAGUGUGACUGUGUAUCUAACUGUGAUUUAUGUUGCUCACUUUGUUCUUAAUGUUUUACAUUAGGAGUUGAUGUGUUUUGUUUUUUUUAAUUAUAUUUUUGUAUGAUUGUUGUAAUUAUAGUACUAGAUCUAAUUAAUGAUACAUUUAAAAUACAUAGUGUCCUGUUUUAAUUAUGUUUCUUUUUAUUUUGUUAGUAUCUUAUAAAAGAAAAUGUCAGGCAUAUGCAUUUUGGUAUGUAUUCUUAACUUUAUUGCAAGUAUUUCUAGUUAGCUAUAAUUGUAUCUUUUGUAAGGCUAUAGAAUAUAUUACUUUUUUUGGUGGGAUUUGGGGGGGGGGGGGGGGGGGUUGGGGAUAAAUCGUUAUCCUACUUUAAGCAUUAAAUUAAAAUGAAAACCAUACAAAUAAUUUAUCUGGCAAAUUUCCAAUUAGAACACAAGGCGUUUAUUUCAUAAUUUGCAUUGAGUUUAAAAAAAAGAAAAUUUAAGUGAUAUUGAGUUUUUUUCACAUUGAAAAUUUAUAAUUUAUGUUAAUAGUAUUUGAAACUUUUUUUUUUAUUUUGGGAUUUGUAUUAGUCUGUAGAUUUAGUUGAUGUUUUUUCUUCCUUGAUCACAGUCUUGUUCAGUCUAACUAGAAAGAUAUUUUCAUUCCUGAUGUUUUUAACACUUUGAAGAGGAUGACAAAUUGAUCAUUUUAUGCUUCCUGGUGCAGGCAAUGGUUUUAUUAAAUUGACAUUUAGCCAAUUAUAUUUUCAUUGUUAAACUGACACUAGAAGGCUUGCACUAUUUUAAAACCAUAACAUUUUCUAGACAUGCAUUAGUAUUACAGACAGAAGAUACAACAUUAACAAUUGUAUGAUUUUGUGAAAUGUUCUUGUAUAUACUUGUAAUCUAGAGUCUUAUAAUUGUAUAGAACUGACAAGUAUCAAGGCAGUCUCAUGAUACAUUUUACAGCAUGUUUCAAAAUCAUUGUAAGCUAUUUGCUCUGUCAGAGCUCAAGUUUAACUGGAACAAAAUUGAACCUCUAAUCAAGCCAAACUAAUCUCCAUUGAAAUGACUUGAAUACAGUUGAGAUGACAUUCUAGUUUAAAAUUAAAUAUGUUUUUGUUCAGCCUGCCUGCUCUCAGUCUGUGUGUGCGUUUUUUUUUAAGAUCGAUCAUUUGAUAUGUUAGACAGUAUUCACUAUGUCUCUUUAAGAUUUACCUUAUUGCAUUAAAAGUAUAAAUCACAUAUGUUGUUUUAUUAAUUGUUAAUAGUGUCAUUAGCUUAUAUAAAAACAAACAACUCAAAAAACUUUGGUGUGCUGACCCAAUUCAAUAAUACAAACUCUUUUGCCCAUUCCAUGUAUUAUCUUUUUUUUUUAUUAAUAUAAUAAUUGUUGAAACAUUGUUUUGUGUACAUUGCAGUAAAACCCAAAGGAAUUAUUGAUGAUGUAUUCAAUAGAACAGUGUACACUGACAUUGUACAUUGAGAAGCAAGUUGUAUAGUUAACUUGAUUUGUUGUUGAUAUAUACACUGGAAUUAUGAUUAAUUUUUAACACAAUUGCUUUCCAUAAUUCCCAUCUGAAACUUGCUAUUGAAUGAGUCAAAGAUGUGGUAAUAAUUUAUAUAUAAAUAUAUUUUUUAUUCUAAGUUUUUUGUGUUUGCUGAAGACAUACAUUUUCUGUUCUAAUAAUAUAAGUAAGAUUGAAUGCUGUGUCAUGAAUUUAGAUACUGUACAAUUUUGCAUGUAGCUGUCACCUUAGGAUAUCCUCAUGAUUUUACUUCUUUUUUCUAACCUUAACAUAUCAAUAUGGUCAUCUUUUUUUUGGGUCUGAGCCUUUAGUUUGAUAUUUCAGCUGCACGCUAAGAAAUAUUUUUCUGCCAUUUGCUGAUUUAACUUUUAGAACUUUUUUUUAAUAAAAAAAACCAAAACACUUUGGUACAGGGAUUAUUUAUCUGUGCGAUGCAGCAUUGAUGAUAACCAAUUUCUUGUGGAUGCGUGCCUUGAAUUACACAGAAUGAAACUUAAUAAUUUAAUCUCACCUCUGCAUUGUUAUUGUUUAAAAAGAGGGCACUUCUUCUGUUGUACAUAAUUUUAAAAUUAAUUCAUACUAAAAUAAUUUUUUAUUUUACACCAUUGCUAUAGACAUUAGGCUAAAUUAAUACAAUUGCUGUUACAUUAUGGACUUCAAUACUAAUAUUUUUUUUUUACAGAUUAAAAAAGUUAUUUCAGUCUGUUUAGUGCAAGUUAGUAUUUACCAGUGAUCAUUACUAAUUUCUCUUUUGUUUUUUAAUUUGCCCCCAGAGAACUUUUAUUAAAACAAUUGUCUGUUUUCUCAUUAAUGGCAUAAUUCUAACCUUUUGUUCAGUAGCCACUUAUAGUGAUUCUGGUUUAUUCUAUUUUCUCUGGUAUAUAAACACUACUGCAAGGCUGCUCUAUAUUUAUAUAUAUAUAUAUGUAUAGUGGUGAAAGCCUGACCUUUGGUUAUAUUGUUAACAAUCUGAAUGUAUACAGAAAACCUUGCAGAUAUGAAACAAAAUAAAUUGCAUUAUUUAUGAA